CCUUCCACACACACACAGUCAACAGCCACCAGAGCCAUGGCGCCCAUCCAGCAGUCUGUCUCCACCGCAGCCUCCAACAGCAGGAGCACCAGUGACCUGACCACCGGCAGCACGCGUGACUUUGCCAACAGUGUCCACAAGGUGAAGGAGAGCUACAGCAGCAACAGCAGCAGCAUCUCCUCCUCCAGCCACAGCGACGCAGCACACAGCAGCAUGACCGGCAGCAGACCCGGCGACGCGACACAGCAGGAGACGCUGCUGCCCAUCUCCUCCAGAGGACACUUCUUCAGCGACGCCUUCUUCGAGGACGCCCGCCAGCACUUCGAGUCGGCCGUGAGGAAAGUGCUGGAGCGGCGCGGCCACAGCAGGUCCAGCGUGCACGACGACCUGACCAGCUACAGGAUGCUGCGGCAGGCUGACCUCAGCGAGAGCACGCAGGCCGCCACCGUCACGGAGAACGCCACCUGCCACCAGGUUGUGAUGGACGUGCGGGACUUCACGGCGGGAGACGUGAAGGUGAAGGUGGUGGACGAGGACGAGGUGGUGGUGGAGGGCAGCGUGGAGCAGAGGAGCGGCGGCUCAGUGUCCAAAAAGAGCUUCCGUCGCAGCUUCACCUUCCCGGGGCUGGUGAAGGCCGCGGACAUCACCUCCACCAUGUCCUCCGACGGCGUCCUCACCGUCACGGUGCCCAAGAAGGAGCACGUGGCCCAGAUCACCAACAUCACCGUUCAGGAGUCAAACACAUCAGCAGACUCUGCCAGGACAAACACAUCAGCACAAAACGCCAAGACGAACAUAAACAAGACAAACACACAGACAACCUCCUCAGCAGACACCGCCAAGACCCUGGCACAGGCCGCCCGCCAGACCUCCGCCACAACACACUCACAGUCGUCGUCGUCAGUGGCCUCGAGCGCCACAACCGUCGACAGCUCCGUCAGGAGCGCGUCGAGGGAGUCCCAGCAGGCGAGUGACACCACCACCACCGCCACUGCCAAGGACGCUACCUUUACGAAGCCUGCGUCCGAGAACGACUUCCCCGUCCAGCCCUCAGACCUGCUGCUGCCCAUCUCGCACGGCGGACUCUUCUUCCAAGACUCGUUCUUCGCCCAGGCUCACCAGGAGUUUGAGGAGGCCAUGAAGAAGGUGCUGCAGUCAGCGGGCGAGUCUCCCAAGGCUGACGUCAUGACCUCCUACAGGAGUCUGCGGGAGCGACACCUGACGGACGAGAACCAGGCGGUGUCCCGCAGCGAGGACAGCCAGCAGCACAAGGUUGUGAUGGACGUGCGGGACUUCACGGCGGGAGACGUGAAGGUGAAGGUGGUGGACGAAGACGAGGUGGUGGUGGAGGGCAGCGUGGAGCAGAGGAGCGGCGGCUCAGUGUCCAAAAAGAGCUUCCGUCGCAGCUUCACCUUCCCGGGGCUGGUGAAGGCCGCGGACAUCACCUCCACCAUGUCCUCCGACGGCGUCCUCACCGUCACGGUGCCCAAGAAGGAGCACGUGGGCCAGAUCACCAACAUCACCGUUCAGGAAUCUAACACCAAGACUAACACAUCGGCAGACUCUGCCAGGACAAAAACAUCAGCACAAAACACCAAGUCGAGGGAGUUCCAGCAAGCGAGUGACACCACCAACACCACCACCGCCACGGACGCAGCCUGCACGAAGCCUGCGUCCGAGAACGGCUUCCCCGCCCAGCCCUCAGACCUGCUGCUGCCCAUCUCGCACGGCGGACUCUUCUUCCAAGACUCGUUCUUCGCCCAGGCUCACCAGGAGUUCGAGGAGGCCAUGAAGAAGGUGCUUCAGUCAGCGGGCGAGUUUCCCAAGGCUGACGUCAUGACCUCCUACAGGAAUCUGCGGGAACGACACCUGACGGACGAGAACCAGGCGGUGUCCCGCAGCGAGGACAGCCAGCAGCACAAGGUUGUGAUGGACGUGCGGGACUUCAUGGCGGGAGACGUGAAGGUGAAGGUGGUGGACGAGGACGAGGUGGUGGUGGAGGGCAGUGUGGAGCAGAGGAGCGGCGGCUCAGUGUCCAAAAAGAGCUUCCGUCGCAGCUUCACCUUCCCGGGGCUGGUGAAGGCCGCGGACAUCACCUCCACCAUGUCCUCCGACGGCGUCCUCACCGUCACGGUGCCCAAGAAGGAGCACGUGGCCCAGAUCACCAACAUCACCGUUCAGGAGUCAAACACCAAGACUAACACAUCGGCAGACUCUGCCAGGACAAACACAUCAGCACAAAACGCCAAGACGAACAUAAACAAGACAAACACACAGACAACCUCCUCAGCAGACACCGCCAAGACCCUGGCACAGGCCGCCCGCCAGACCUCCGCCACAACACACUCACAGUCGUCGUCGUCAGUGGCCUCGAGCGCCACAACCGUCGACAGCUCCGUCAGGAGCGCGUCGAGGGAGUCCCAGCAGGCGAGUGACACCACCACCACCGCCACUGCCAAGGACGCUACCUUUACGAAGCCUGCGUCCGAGAACGGCUUCCCCGCCCAGCCCUCAGACCUGCUGCUGCCCAUCACACACGGCGGACUCUUCUUCCAAGACUCGUUCUUCGCCCAGGCUCACCAGGAGUUCGAGGAGGCCAUGAAGAAGGUGCUGCAGUCAGCGGGCGAGUCUCCCAAGGCUGACGUCAUGACCUCCUACAGGAGUCUGCGGGAGCGACACCUGACGGACGAGAACCAGGCGGUGUCCCGCAGCGAGGACAGCCAGCAGCACAAGGUUGUAAUGGACGUGCGGGACUUCACGGCGGGAGACGUGAAGGUGAAGGUGGUGGACGAGGACGAGGUGGUGGUGGAGGGCAGCGUGGAGCAGAGGAGCGGCGGCUCAGUGUCCAAAAAGAGCUUCCGUCGCAGCUUCACCUUCCCGGGGCUGGUGAAGGCCGCGGACAUCACCUCCACCAUGUCCUCCGAUGGCGUCCUCACCGUCACGGUGCCCAAGAAGGAGCACGUGGGCCAGAUCACCAACAUCACCGUUCAGGAAUCUAACACCAAGACUAACACAUCGGCAGACUCUGCCAGGACAAACACAUCAGCACAAAACACCAAGACGAACAGCAACAAGACAAACACAGUAGCCGGAAACACACAGACAACCACGUCAGCAGACACCGCCACGACCCUGGCACAGGCCGCCCGCCAGACCUCCGCCACAACACACUCACAGUCAUCGUCGUCAAUGGCCUCGAGCGCCACAACCGUCGACAGCUCCGUCAGGAGCGCGUCGAGGGAGUUCCAGCAAGCGAGUGACACCACCAACACCACCACCGCCACGGACGCAGCCUGCACGAAGCCUGCGUCCGAGAACGGCUUCCCCGCCCAGCCCUCAGACCUGCUGCUGCCCAUCUCGCACGGCGGACUCUUCUUCCAAGACUCGUUCUUCGCCCAGGCUCACCAGGAGUUCGAGGAGGCCAUGAAGAAGGUGCUUCAGUCAGCGGGCGAGUUUCCCAAGGCUGACGUCAUGACCUCCUACAGGAAUCUGCGGGAACGACACUUGACGGACGAGAACCAGGCGAUGUCCCGCAGCGAGGACAGCCAGCAGCACAAGGUUGUGAUGGACGUGCGGGACUUCAUGGCGGGAGACGUGAAGGUGAAGGUGGUGGACGAGGACGAGGUGGUGGUGGAGGGCAGUGUGGAGCAGAGGAGCGGCGGCUCAGUGUCCAAAAAGAGCUUCCGUCGCAGCUUCACCUUCCCGGGGCUGGUGAAGGCCGCGGACAUCACCUCCACCAUGUCCUCCGACGGCGUCCUCACCGUCACGGUGCCCAAGAAGCAAUCGUCCUGCGACGUUCGCGUCAUCGGGAACAGUUCCACGGUGAGGGACGCUGUGGCCACCGCGGAGAAACAAUCCUCAUCCUCCGUCAGCAGCAGCUCGACGACGGUGAAGGAAAGCAGCUCCAGGACAUCAGUCCGCGAUGAAGGGUCGUCACUCCACGCCCUAAACAACAUGUCCAGCAGGACAGCAGCAGCAGGAGACAGGCACCAGCAGCAGCAGGUACGCGCCGCGUCGCAGGAGUCGGCUACGACCAGCCACGGCCGCCGCGACGCCGCCGGAAAGUCGUCUUGGGUGCUGGACUCCCUCCUCCCCGUGUUCCCUAAGGGGCCCUUCUUCCACGACUCCUUCUUCGAGGAGUCUCGCCAGCACUUCGAGACAGCCGUGAAGGAGGCCCUGGGCAGGCUGGGCCAGGAGGAGGAGGCUGCGGCUGACGACUUCUCGCUGUACAGGAGUCUGCGAGCCAAGGACAUGACGGACGCGAGCCAGGCGGUCAAGGUCACCGAGGACGAGCACGGUCACCAGGUGGUGCUCGACGUGCGCGACUUCCAGGGCGGCGACGUGCGCGUGAAGGUGGUGGGCAGCAGCCAGGUGCAGGUGGAGGGGCGGCUGGAGAAGGAGGAGGGCGGCCGCUCGUCCACCCGCAGCUUCCGGCGACGCUUCCACCUCCCCGGCGUGCUGGACGUGGCCGCCGUCACCUCCGCCCUGUCCUCCGACGGCGUCCUCACCAUCAGGGCGCCCAAGGGCAGGCCGGCCGCCGGCAAGCCCAGCUGCUGAGGCCGUGGCUGCCUGGCGGCGGGAGGAAGGGCCGUCUGGCUGCAGGCGUCUACUAGUCAUUUCCUAAUAUGAGUUACGUAAACGAUACGGAAGUCGUUAUUUGUUGAAAAUGUAAUACAAUUUUAUAUUUUCCUAAUUGUUUAUAAUAAAGUAUUUAAAUUAA